CGCAACACGGCCGCGGGCGCGCCUCCUCCCUGAGCUAACUGUGUGCGCCCCAGCCGCGCGCAGCUACUCGCGUCCGAGCCUCGCGCAAGCUCUCGUGUGUGCCGUGUCGUUUGGCGUCCACCUACCCCUCCGCUCUCCUUGCAAGUACCCCGCGCGUCUGCCACGCAGUCAUGUCGUCCGGCAGCCGCGUUGCGCUGGUGACCGGCGCCAACAAGGGCAUCGGCCUUGCCAUUGUGCGCGACCUGUGCCGGCAGUUCUCCGGGGACGUGGUGCUCACAGCGCGGGACGCGGCGCGGGGCCAGGCAGCCGUGCAGCAGCUGCAGGCCGAGGGCCUGAGCCCGCGCUUCCACCAGCUGGACAUCGACGACCUGCAGAGCAUCCGCGCCCUGCGCGACUUUCUGCGCAAGGAGUACGGGGGCCUGGACGUGCUGGUCAACAACGCCGGCAUCGCCUUCAAGUUAAAGGAUCCCACACCGUUUCAUAUACAAGCAGAAGUGACAAUGAAAACAAACUUUUUUGGUACCCGAGAUGUCUCCACGGAACUACUGCCUCUCAUGAAACCCCAAGGCAGAGUGGUGAAUGUGUCCAGCAGCGUAAGCCUCACUGCUCUCAGGAGCUGCAGCCCAGAGCUGCAGCAGCAGUUUAGAAGCGAGACCAUCAGUGAGGAGGAGCUGGUGGGGCUCAUGAACAAGUUCGUGGAAGAUGCGAAGAACGGUGUGCACCAGGAGGCGGGCUGGCCUACUAACGCCUACGGAGUGACGAAAAUCGGUGUCACGGUCCUGUCCAGAAUCCAGGCCAGGAACCUGAGCACGCAGAGGAAAGGGGACAAGAUCCUCCUGAAUGCCUGCUGUCCAGGGUGGGUGAGAACUGACAUGGCGGGAUCCAGAGCCCCCAAAAGCCCGGAGGAAGGCGCAGAAACCCCCGUGUACUUGGCCCUUUUGCCCUCGGAUGCUACAGAGCCUCAUGGGCAGUUUGUUAAGGAGAAAAAAGUUGAACAGUGGUGAGUGAGCUCAACCCAUAGAGCUCCAUCCAUAGUUUCCAUGUUGUACCCGUCCUGAUUUGAUCCAAAGUGUGUUUAACACAGUCAAAACUAUCCCUACCAAGGAUUCACUUUGAAUUGUCUACCAAUUCUAUGAAGCCUUUUGUAAUUUGUGAUGUUUAUGCAGUUCUCUGUGAUAUUCUAUAGGGAGAACACAUGUGUUAGUGCUGAUAAUAACGAAUUAAAAUCAAUAGAGGAAUAAA